UGUAGCACAAGCGCAACCAACUUCACGGCUUGGCAAUGACAGUCCGUCUCUUUCCUGUUGAAUUUUUUGACAAAUCAACAACACUAAAAUGGCCAAGCGCACCAAGAAGGUAGGAAUCGUUGGUAAAUACGGCACCCGUUAUGGCGCCUCCCUGCGUAAGAUGGUCAAGAAGAUGGAAAUCACCCAGCACAGCAAAUAUACCUGCUCGUUCUGCGGCAAGGACUCGAUGAAGCGCGCCGUCGUUGGCAUCUGGUCGUGCAAACGCUGCAAGCGCACCGUUGCCGGUGGUGCCUGGGUUUACUCCACAACUGCCGCCGCGUCCGUACGCUCUGCCGUGCGUCGUCUGCGUGAGACCAAGGAACAGUAAACAUUGUUAACGAUUUAUUCGGUUAAUGUUAAUAGUGUGUUCCCCAUAGUUAAUAGACAACGUCACUUUCUGUGGUUUGCGCCGCGCCGGUCAAUAGAGUUGAAAAAGGAGAAAAUAAAAAAUACUUUUACUUUUUAUCAGUAAA